UUAAAAAAAAAUAUCGAAAAUUCGGAAACCAAUUCAUCCUCCUCUCGAUUCCCAUCCUCUCCCCUAAAACUUUAUCCAAUAAUUCCGAGAUUAAUUCGAUUGAUGGGUGCAAGGGCGACGGGCAAUUCAACGGCGACGUAUGCUGCUUGGGAGGAGGUGGCGGUGUCGACGGAGAAGGGGCGGCGGGAGGUGCACUAUUACCUCAGACGCUGCGGCGGCGGCGGAAGAGAUCUGGUGGUUGUGGGGAAGGAGAAGACCGCUAGGCAUAUGUCGUAUCGUUACAGGAUUGGAGAUGGCAAAUUGUUGCCCUCGAUUUUGAGCUGCGCUUCGAGGGUGAAGCUGAGGUCGAGAAGAGAGGUUGUUGACUGGCUGGAAUCGAUAAUUUCAGGUAAGCAUCUUAAUGGAUCUAGACAAUUUGGAGGUGGGAUGGAUAGGAAAUUAGAUGAUGACGUAAUUGAGGAUGUCAUGAAACAGAAGUUGGGUCCGUGUGAGACUAAAUCUACAUGGGUAGGUUCUUCCUGGACCUGCCGGAAAAGUCGCACACAUUACCAGUCAUUCUGUCGCAAUGGAGCUGUGAUAUCUGCUCAAGAAUUUGUGUAUGUAUUGGCUGAAGAAGGCAAAAGACUUGUUGCUUACUUAGAUGAUAUGUAUGAAGAUACCAGAGGCAACAAGAUGGUUGUGGUACGAUGGUUUCACAAAAUUGAUGAGGUUGGUUUUAUUUUACCUCAUGAUUAUAAUGACAGAGAGAUUUUCUUUUCUCUGUGUCUUCAAGAUCUCAGCAUAGAAUGCAUUGAUGGACUAGCAACUAUUCUCAGUCCGGAGCAUUAUGAGAAAUACAUAAGUGAAGCAGCAAAUACAACGUUGAUGCCUUUUGUGUGCUGUAAACUCUUUGAUAACGAUGAUGUCAAGCCUUUUGACAUUACCCGAGUUAAAGGUUAUUGGAAGCAGGAAAUAUUCAGGAAGUCAAACAAAACUGUAGGCGAGUCUGUUGGAUUAAGGCCCAACAAGAGGAUUCACUGGUCUAAAGAGAGUGAGCUAUAUUCGAAGUCCCCUGACAAUGGAGAGUCUGCUGUGACCAGUUCGCAAGUCAGCAGUGACGCUCAUCUAGACUGUAAAGGAAGGUUGAAGAAAGGUAGUAGGAAGGAACAUGGCUCCUCUGUAUCUUUACCUCGUCGAGAUAAUGCUGCAACAUGCAAGUCUGAGCAAUAUUUGGCUGUUGGCUCCCAAAUUGAGGUGCUCUCUCAAGAUAGUGGCCUCAGGGGUUGCUGGUUCAGGGCUUUGAUCAUCAAGAAACACAAAGAUAAGGUCAAAGUGCAGUACAAGGAUCUCAAGGAUGCAGUUGACGAUUCAAAAAAUCUGGAGGAAUGGAUAUUGGCCUCUCGACUAGCUAGACAAGAUACAUCUAGUAUUCGUUUGUCUGGAAGGACCACUGUCAGACCAAGCCUGUCAUCGGAAAAGGAAAACGUAUCUUGUACAGCAACUGUCGGCACUGUUGUUGAUGCUUGGAUGCAUGAUGGAUGGUGGGAAGGGAUUGUUGUGAAGAAAGAAUCUGAUGAUCGGUUUAAUGUGUACUUUCCAGAUGAAAAGCAAGAACAUACUUUCAGUGCUGGUGAUUUGAGGUAUUCGAAGGAAUGGUUCGACAAUGGGUGGCAGAAUAUCAAGCCAAAGCCUGAUAUUGUCUCAAAACUCAGUGGCAGUGAGAAAAUAUCUGAAACCAAGAAAUAUGAGCCACCUUCCUCGGUUAAAAUAAAACUUGCUGUAUCCUUGGACAAUGAUGCUUUGAAUCAAAAGAUGAUCAAGACACCAGCCCGAGACGAAAAAAUGGUAGUUGAGCCACCAGCGGUCAGAGACCUGACAAAAGAUUAUCUGCUUGCUAAGUUGCGAUGGCGAUCAUCAGGGAAAAGAAGUCGCGGUUGGAGCCCUGUCAAGUCCUGCUCUGAGGCAGGGCUGUCUACAUUCAAGGGCGUCUUUGUUAACUCAUCCGUGAAGUUAGAUCCGGACCACUGCAAAUCUUUGAGAGAUUCUCGCUUCAGUUCGUCAGUAGUGUCACCUAUGUCAAACCUGGUUAUGUCAAGGUGAUGCUGCUCCUCAUAGGUUGUGGUGUACAUUUGUAGCUGGUGUUGUAGUUUGUUUAGAGAGAUGGCUAACAAAUUGCGAUGGGUGACGAGCUCGCCCCUUGUAUAAAUUAGGUGGCCUGGGUGUGCCAUGUUGGUCCCAGGCAGUUUUGAUAUAGCAAGAAAGGUGUAGCUGAUCAGUGAUAGGAAGUAGGAUCUUGAUUUCUACUGGAAAUCCUUUUGUAGACUGUAAUUAUUCUUUUCAAAUCUAGGUUUGUUCACUUUAGCUUCUAAUGAAUCAUUAGCUAUUCUUUUU